UGAGAUAGAGAGAGAGAGAAGGAGAGCACCAUUAUCGUAAGAAGUAUGUGGUUGUUCCUUGAAAGCAGGUUCUGAUUCUCGUCCCCUUCAGAUCCGAUUCCAUCUCUCUCUCUCUAUUUUCCAUGUUCUUGAAAAAAGAUUCUCUUUUGGAUUUGUGUUUGUGGAUGAGAUUGUGGAUAAAGCCAUCUUCUAUUUCUGGACUGCUCAAACUCAUUCUCUUCUCUCUGAUUCUCUUCUUAUUCCUUCAACUACGACUCCUCUUCUGAUUCUAUCCAAACUUUUUUCUUUUGCAUUAAUCUGAGAGAGCUAUACAGCGGAUCCCUUUGAUCAUCAAUAGUUUGAAGAAUCUGGGUUUGUUUUUUUCUCAUCACCAAAUCGGUGUCUUGUUGUUCAAUUAUACAAUCCUGGCGUUGAGCGAAAGCCUGAGGUUGAAGAUUCCUUCACCGGAAACCACAAGCUUUGAUUUUGAUUGCGUUGGUGGUCUGGAGUGCCUGAUAAGCGUAUUCAGGGCCCUUGAUAUGGGGUCCUGCUUAUCAUCUUCAGGAGAAACCAGGAGUAGGAGGAGGAAGAGCUCCUCCAAGAGGAGAUCUUGCAGUUCUUCUUUCGACAACACUGGAGAAGAUGAGCCACUUCUCCACAGGAUCCCUGGAAGGAUGUUCUUGAAUGGAUCUACCGAUCAUGCGUCUCUCUUCUCCCAACAGGGCAAGAAAGGUCCUAACCAGGACGCUAUGAUUGUCUGGGAGAAUUUUGGGUCAAUGGCGGACACUGUUUUUUGUGGUGUAUUUGAUGGACAUGGUCCAUAUGGUCACGUUAUAGCAAAGAGAGUCAGGGAUUUGCUUCCGCUCAAAUUAGGCUCUCACUUGGAGUCGUCCUAUGUCUCCUGCGAGGAGGUUCUUAAAGAGAUCAGCCUCAACACUGCUGACAGAAAGACCUCUGAAAGCCUUGUCCACAUAUCUGCUAAUGGAGAAUCCCGAAUCUACAAUAAGGAUCAGGAUAUGGUUCAGACACUGUUGACCUCAAUUGUUAAGGCCUACAGAUUCAUGGACAAGGAAUUGAAGAUGCAAGUGGAUGUUGAUUGUUUUUGUAGUGGAACUACUGCUCUUACUAUGGUUAAGCAGGGUCAACAUCUUGUUGUUGGAAACAUUGGGGAUUCAAGAGCAGUAUUGGGUACGAGGAACAAAGAGAAUAAACUUGUUCCUUUUCAGUUAACUGAAGAUCUCAAACCAGAUGUUCCAGCUGAAGCAGCCAGGAUAAAGAGGUGCAGAGGACGUAUAUUUGCUCUCCGGGAUGAACCUGGGGUUGCCCGCCUCUGGCUUCCUAACCACAACUCACCUGGUCUGGCCAUGGCGCGUGCUUUUGGAGAUUUUUGCCUUAAGGACUUUGGUCUCAUUUCUGUGCCUGACGUGUCUUACCGACGCCUCACUGAGAAAGAUGAAUUUCUUGUCUUGGCAACUGAUGGGAUUUGGGAUGUAUUGACGAAUGAAGAAGUAGUGGAGAUUGUAGCGAAAGCACCAACACGUUGCACAGCUGGUCGAGCCUUGGUGGAAGCUGCAGUGAGGAAUUGGAGAUGGAAGUUCCCCACUUCAAAAGUCGAUGACUGCGCUGUAGUUUGCCUUUUCCUUGACUCGAAACCAGACAACUUAUCAACUGCUUCUUUCUCAGUGGAUAAACACAUCAGCAAUGGCCUUACUGAACCGGACACAGCAUCAACGUCAACUCCAGGCUCUGGAACCGAAUCACCUGAGCUCAAUGGAGUCGACAGAAUCGACACACUCGUGAAUCUCACCAUGCAUGUGCCAACCAAAGAGUAGGGAGAUAGAACAGAGGCAUGGUGAAAAUGUGAGAUUAGACUUUGUCUCUCUCUCUCUCUCUCUCCAUUUCCUUUUUUUUUCAAGUCUCUCAACGUCUCUUAUGCUCUAUGUUCACGUCAAAAGUCACUGUUUGUUAUAUAAAUCUGCCAAUACUUUUGCUACGGUCUUUCUUUUCUUUUCCUUUUUUUUUUGUAAAUAAAUUUCUGAAGCCGCAUUUGUGUUUGUUUGAGCAAUUUUUAAAUGUUAGAAACCGCAUCUGCUUUUUAGAAUCAAAGUGCUGUUCAGAGUUUUUUUUUUUA